GAACAGGAAACGCCCAUCGUUGCCCUUUUCUUUUUCCCUGACGGACAGCAACGCUUUUCUUGUCGCCUUCGCAGGUCACUGUCCUGUCGGAAUCAUGCUGCAGAACAGCUUCAGAUUUAGUUGCUAGCAUGAGUGUUAGAGCGGCACCAAGCCCCAAUGUCUCUGUGGAUGGAUGAUGCCAAGGCAGCAGCUACCGUCUCAAAUUUCUGAUCAUAAAACAUACGGCCAUCUGUGCUCCAGCCGUACUGUGCAAGCAAACUUGACAUCCUCCUCAUCUCCUCCUUGUUGUCGUUGCAGUUUCUUCACGCAGACAAAUCGGCAAUUAGUGCGCCUAUUCACAACAUCUCCUGUGGCUCGCUGCACCAUGGAGAUGGGGCGAUCGGGAAAUGGUGGCCGGAAGGUGGUCACCUUCGACGACGCCAUCACCGGGAUGCGCCGGAACGGUUCCCUGUCCUCGUACCUUGACAUGGGCCGGGCGGCGCCGCGGCCGUUGCCGGCGAUUAGCAUGGGCAGCCGCCGGCGCACGUACGCCGACGGCGAGCUCGACGUGUUCUCUGCCGAGCGGUACUUCAAAGGCGCAAUGGACGGCGACGGGGACCGCAAGGAAGGCGCCAGUGUCGGUGUCAUCACCCCCGCGGUAGCGGUGCAGGUGGAGCCUUUAGUGGAGACGGCCGCCGCGAGGCCGCCGCCGGCGACGGAGGCCGUGGUAAUGACUAAGCCGUCUUCGACGACGGUGAGCUUCACCGCGAGCUCGGCGUUCAGCGCCAACAGCCAGACGGCGCUCUUCGGGUUCGGGGGCAGGCUUCGUCCACGGCGCAGCUCCCGCGACAGCAAGUGCUGCGUCCAGGUCGGCGUGCUCAUGCGCACGUGCUCCGGGAAGCGGUCGGUGCGCGUGGACGGCUGCGCGGCCAAAGAAGCCCCCAACGCCGCCGCCGAGCCAGCGGCGACCGGGAUCGACUGGUACAAGGAGCUGAGGAUGCGCAAGGCCGCGCUUGGGCUCUCUGGGGCUGCCAAUAGGCAUGACCUGGUGGCGGCCGGUCUCCCGCCAAGCUUGAAUCUUGGGACCGCGAAAGUGGCAGCCAUCGGGAGGGAGGUUGUUGGGGGCCUUCGUCCUCCGAAGGUCCUCAAAAACAUGAUUUGACAAUGCUUUCCAAGUGAAUUAUAUGAACAGGUAUUUUCGGAUUCAGAAUUAUGGAUAUGGAGCACGACCAGGACGAAGGCUGAGCCAGGCGAAGGUCGAAGGCAGCCGAAGCUGUACGCAGGGAAGCUUCGGCGCGAUAGCACAAGGGGGAACCGACUUAAAGAUAAAAAGACUUCGGGGUCCUCAAUAGAUUUCUAUAAACCGUUAACAAAUGUAAUGGACAUGGAUGUAAUUUUACGAGGGCUGCGUCCCGCGUCUAUAAAUAGAUGAACAGUACUCCCGUACUGUUCACGCGGACUUGUCAUUUUGCUUUUGGUGUCACGCUUGUACUCUCCACCUUCUCUCAGGACCGAAGGUACAUUUGUAAUUUGAGAUCAUUUCUGUUUUUCCAUGUUAAUAAAAUAGAAAUGAUUCUUUGGUG